AUGGCUGAGUCACCAUGUGUCUCGCGUCUCCUCCUCAGCCACCCCAUCCACCCUGUCUGUCACCGUGCCGCGUGUGUUGGUGUCGCCCUCAUGUGCUUUCUUUUCGCCUUCCCCCGUCGUGCCCCGAGUUGUUUCAGGCAUCAACAAGUUAAUCGCGGUCAGGCGUCAUCUAACGACCUCACUGCAGCUGCGGGAUGUGCAGUUAUGUUGGAGAAAAGGGCCAAUAACUAG